AUGCGGCAAGGAAAGCUGGCAGCAUUUACUAGGCGCCUUGGUGUCUAUAAAUUCUUGCCAUUGUUUUUUCUUCUUGGAGCCGGUAUAGAGUUGUUUAUGAUAAAAGUCCGUGUCGGGAGAGAAACUUUCUGUAAGUAUCCUUCCAGAACUAAAACUCAAGUUGUAGGCUUUCUUGAGCUGAUAGAUCAAAAGAUAUUCGCGCGCGUUAUUGACCAAACUUGGACAGUAAAGAAGGCUGGAUAUCGGCUUCGUUUUUUUAUUACGUUUUGAGGGACCGAGACGAAGUGAAGGUCAGGAAAAUUGCAAAAGGAACGAAGCAAUAUUAAAUCCAGUCACGUUAAUAAUUGAACAUGCCGAUGGUCAGUUUCUGAUAUGGGGAAGCGACUUUUUCCAGCAGGAUGGGUUUAUCUUGUACAUGUAUGCUCGGGAUUUUCUGGUGUGGUCCUGCCUUGAAGUUUUGUAGCCAAUCAGAAAAUAAGAUGUGCUGGGUUAACUCUCAGAAUGUCCAUUGACUUUAGGAGUCAACAUUGAUAGUGCAACCUUAGCCCUUUUUAUUUUGCCCUUAGUAAACGCAGUCAAAUCUCAACCACCGGCGGGAAUUUAUAAAAGUGGUGGCUACUAGUGAUGGUCUUGUACAAGAAUGGUUUAUUGUAAGUGACCAUGUGUUAAAAUAAUUUAUGGCAGUUGCUUCCAAGCAUAUCCUGUUGAUUGCCAAUUCAUCUGUGAAUCAACAAAGUCAUCGGGGUUGCUUACACGGGAGAGGCCACUUACAAGAGCAAAAAGUUCCUGACUUAUGGAACGGCUAAAUUGCCAGAUUCAAAUAAUUUAAAUUAUUUUAAUCUGGUAAUUGAACCAUUUUAUAAUUCAGGAAGUCUUUGUUGUGGUUGUUGUUAAUAUUAUUAUUACUUUUGAAGGUUGAUGACUUUUACUUAUAUGCCAGCUUAAUCAAGUCCGUAUUGAUUUUCCCUUUUGCAAUACAGAUGACGUUUAUGUUAGAAAACAGUCAGAAAGAAGACUAGAAAGACAGAAUCAAGAACAAGAAGAACAUUGACAAAGAGCAUCAUGCCAGCUGGCGUAUCGUGGGGUAGAUACCUGACCUUUCUUGCUGCAAGUUUAGCAUCAGCAUUAGCAGGAAGUCAGGUGGUUCAUUUGUACUACAAACCAAGUCUGGUAAGCAGUUAAGUUGGAUCAUUAUAUGUUUUGGGGAAACUGCCCACCUACCUCUCCACUAAGCCAACAUUUUGCCCUAAGUUAGAAGAAAGUGUUAAUGUUGGCUUAGGGGAGGGGUAGGUGGGCAGUUUCCCAGAAAUGUCUAAUGGUCCGUUAAGUUUUCUCACCCCAUGUAAGGUAGCUGUUCAAGACAGUCUUGGAUUCUGGAAUCCACAGUCUUACAUGCACAUGCACUAAUCCUUAAACCCUGUAAUACCAGACUUCAGGCUUACUUUAGUGUUUAUCAAAACAAUCAUGUUAUUAUUUAAUUGUGGUUAUAACAAAUGAAAUAAAGAUAUUAAAUCAUCAGCAGAGCACUCUUCUACAAUUUUUUAUCAUUUGCUUUCCAACAGGAAAUACCAGAUGUACCGUUAAAUCCUAACGAAUUGCCAGAUCCUGAAGAGAGGACGGGGUGGAGAAAAUAUAUUUCUCUUAAGAAGGACUAAGAGAUCAUGAACAUAUAGUACACAACAUUUGUGUACCGUCAUAAUCAAAUAAUGCAUUUGGAUAAAAAUGACAUUAACAGCAACAAUAAAGUUUGAAGGGCAGAUAGGUCAUUUUACAAGUUAAGUUGCCAG